AUGACGCUCCCUCAACGUAUGAGCCUCUACACCUUCAGGAUCAAAUGCGACUACACCACCAUGCUGCAACUUGGCAAUGGCAUUGGGAUUGGGAAACGGUAUCGGUGGUCCAGGGAGCACCUGUAUCGCAACGAUUUGAUGUGGGUCCUUCACAUGCGAGCCGAUUCUUCCCCACAGUUCAGCAAGGAUUACCUGCUUGUUGAGUAUUCAAUCCGGGGACGAGAGAAUUCUGGAGAUGGUUUCGGUGACCCAGACUACACUUUCUCAGAGAAGAAACAGCUCAAGAAGGAGGCAUGCACCAAGGCCCAAUGCAGAUGGUCAGGGAGGCGCUUGAUAGAGUUCGCACUUUCAGGUCCUACUCCAUUCAUCAACAAUUUGCGGAAUCUGUUUAUGGAAAACGACACUGUUGCACGAAAAUCUUUGGAGAAGCUACGUCAACUUGGGCGUCAUUCUGAUGUUUCCAGAAUUUUGGAAGGAUUUGCAACAGCGAAAAAUAUGUUGGUGGCAAGGUUUACACAGUACACAGCCUUUUUGUCAAAGCCUCCUUGGAGUUUGGUUGGUUUGCUGGGUUACCUGCUACCUGGAUCCAACCAGAAGGAUGCGAUUGUGCGGAGCAGGGCCCUUGCUGGUAACAUGCUGCAUCUGUAUGAUUCCAAAUCCCCCCAACUGGGAAACGUGGGUGAUGUUGGGAAGAAGUUCUUCCAGGAACACCGUGCUGCUUUGACAAGAUGGUCUAAGGGUCUUGACCACUUCAUGCAACAAUCUCUAUUCAGACAGCUUGUGGGUUGGUCAGCAUCUCUGUUGGUGAUGAAGCGGUUGGAAGCGAAGCACCAUCUUGUACAUGCACCUUGUUAUGUUGUGUCAAGGUAA